AACUGUGGUGCAGUGCAUGAUAUUACGCAAAUGUAUUCCCUAUCAACUUGUUGUUUUAUUGUAAUAGUAAAAUUAGCAACGCUCAGAAUUAAUAACGGAAAAUUUCUCACAAUUAUUUCAUCGAGUAUAAAUGACUGGACGACGAUACUAGAUCCAAAAGCUUCUAAAAUUAUGAGAAAGAAUGCAAAAUUGGCUCGCUUUGUUUGCCUUUUUCAAAUGAUUUCUGCUUACAUGACAGCUGUCAUUUUUAUUAUGGGGCCAUUAGCAUUCCUCGCUAUAUAUGACAUGCCUAUUGAUGCCAAUAUGACGAGCAAUUCCUCUGUUCCUAAAUUUCAACCUCUGCCUUUGCAAACUGGAUGUUUAUUUAAUGAAAUGUCAUCACAUACAUAUGCUGCAAUAUAUAUUCUCCAAGCAAUCCAAAUUUUAUCGACAUGCACCGGUAACGUGGGAAGCGAUUGUUACUUUUUUGGAAUCACUUUACAUGUCGCUGGACAACUCGAAUGGCUAGGAGAACAAUUUCAAACUUUGAGUAUUGAAUCUACUGAACGAAAAUACACGAAAACAUUAGGCGCUCUUGUAAGCAGGCACAAUCAAUUGAUACAGUUUGCAAAAGAUUUGGAAGAUUCAUUCAAUAUUUGUAUUAUCCUUGUACUUGCGGUGAAUAUGGUACAAAUCUGUUUAAGUGGAUUGCAGAUGAUCAUAAGUUUGCGAAAUGGAGAUACUGCCACAGUCGUUAAUGGAGUCAUCAUUCUUUACAUACUGAAUCUUCAAAUCUUUCUUUAUAGUUACGCAGGUGACCGAUUGAGUUCUGGAAUAGCAAAUUUGCACACCGCGAUAUACUGCAGUACAUGGUACAACUUACCGCAUAGAGCAAUUAAAGACCUGGUGUUCAUUAUGCUUAGAACUCAUAAAACGUUCAAUUUAACAGCCGGAAGAAUUUAUGCUAUGAAUAUUGAUAGUUUUAAAAAUAUUUUAAAGGCUACUUUAUCUUAUUUUUCAGUGAUGCAAGCUAUGUUUGAAGACUAA